AUGUCUGUGCCGCGACAGGGGGAGAAACAACAGAAUGAUCGUCUUCAACUCAUAAUAGCUGAUCUUGUUAGGGAUGAAGAAAACAAGUACUGUGCAGAUUGCGAUGCCAAAGGGCCACGUUGGGCGUCCUGGAACUUGGGAGUUCUCCUCUGUAUUCGGUGUGCGGGAAUCCACCGUGGUUUGGGCGUUCAUAUAUCAAAAGUUAAGUCACUUAAUCUUGACUCAUGGGAACCCCAACAAGUUGCUAUGCUUAAAGCAGUUGGUAAUCGACGUGCCCGAGAGCUCUAUGAGGCGAAUCUCCCGGAGUUAUUCCGUCGGCCCCAAACAGAUUCAGCGCUUGAACAAUUUAUCCGAGCCAAAUAUGAACAGAAAAGAUAUGUUUCUUCAGACUUUGUUGCCCCACAACCUGAUAUGGAAUCUGUGAAAAAGGAUCUUCUACGGUUGGAGCAACAAAGCAAACGAAAAGCAGUUAGCGUCAGGUCCAUAAACUUACCUCUUCAGAACAGUGAUUCAUCAAGGAUCCAGGGUCGGACACUUAAGUCGGUUCCGAAAAGUACUGGCGACAAUACUGGUGGUGGAACGGCUGAUAUCUUGGGUCUUUCGCCGCCUGUGACUAACAAGAACGAUGAUAGUGGGUCUUCUGCUUCAAAGGCUCCGGCAGAGUAUGCAGAUACUCCCCAACAGGCUAACCGGGUGUCAGAACUGGAGUCCGGCACUUUUAGCGCGGAUCUCGUUGGAAUCGACUUCAGUGAAAUGACUCAGCCUUCCGCGGUGGAGACGGGCAGCAGUGAGGAGCAGCGCGCCACCAAAGAGUCCAUUCUCGCUCUCUACGCACUAUCUAAACCCACUGGUGCAAGUGGCGGGCUCUUGUCGCCGGGUCUCGCUCAUUCAAACGUUCAGAACGGAAUACCCAUGGCGUCCAUGUUCGGUGUAGCCGCUUCCCCCAAUCAUGUACCUAACCAGGCGCCUCCCAUGUAUCAAUCUCCUGUAUCGUCCAUUACUUUCGAUCGGUAUUCAGUUCAGGCCAUAAAGGCACCUGCGUCCUUGGACCUCCAUGGUCUGGAUGUUUUCCAUGAUGGCAUAUCACAAUGCACGUCAAAGGUGAGCUAUUUUACCUAA